AUGCAGCUUACCGUGAUCUCCGAUACUCGCGCUCUUAUCAUCCAUAAGGUUGAACGUAAUCAGUGUCGAUUGGGGCACCCAGCAUGGGCUGCCUUGUUCAACCUUCGGAUACAUGCCGUUAGGCCCCUCAAGGUCGAAUCCAACUCAUCUUGUGCCAGCGGGACUUUUCUGAGCAACAGAACUCUAAUAAAUAUUGGGGGUAACCCUAUGGUUGGCAGGUACACGUUCACAGCAGGCUUUGGAGACCUCGAUGGCUUGCAAGCAGUUUGCUUCUUCGAGUCUUAUCCAACAUCGUAG